AUGCAACAAGAUGAAGAAGGGGAGGGGGAGGGAGAAGUGGUAGGUGGUGUUAAUCGAAGUUUUGGAGGUGGAAAAGGAGGAACAGGAUCAGAUUAUUUUUCAGAAGUUGAAAAAAAUACAGUUAAUUUAUUAAUAGCAGGUGACAGUGAAGGGUAUAUAUAUAUGAUUGUAUAUGGUAUUUAUAGUUUACAGCCAAUACUAUUAACUCAAUCAAAUUUAAAAGUUUCUAAAAUAAUUAAAGCAUCAGUUACAUCUGAUCUUUCCAUACUUACAUUAAUUUACACAACCACAACAAUAACACCAAAUCAAGAAAAGGAAUCAGAGAAGAAAAAGCAUCAUCAAUUGGUUGUGACUACAUUUAAAACAGGAUUACUCCAUACUCACAAAAAUCAAAUUUUAGCUUUAUCACAUCGGUAUACAUCCAUCAAAUUUAUAUCAGACUACAUAAGAGAAUCUCUGGAUAAAGUGAAAAAUAAUUAUUUGACAGUGAAAACCAUAUAUGGAUCAUACUUUGAUAAAUUUCAAAAAAUUAUUGAUGAACAUCAUGAUGGUAACAACAAUAAAAUAAAGAUGGCAAAAUCAAACAUGUCAGGAGAAUUUGUUGUAUUAUUAGCAACUGGUAAACCGACUAAAUUAUUAAUGGAAUUUAUGGAAGUAUGUUUAAAAAAAAGAGAAUUGAAGGAAUGGGAGAAUAAAGUUAAUAAAGCAUUUUCAGAAAUACAAUCAUUAAUUGAUCAUUAUAUAAAUACAGGAUUUGAAAGGUUAUUGUUGGAAUUAAAUUCAUUAAUAGGGUAUAGUAAAUGGCCACAAAAAUUCAAGGGGUUUGGAUUAUCAGAAAAAUUGAUACAAUCACGAUUAAUAAUUGCUAGUAGCUUAACACCAAAAAUAGAAGAAUUUUCAUUGUUUGUUGAUGAGGAAAGUAACAAUUUCAAGGAUUUUAUACAUUGGUUACAAUAUGAGUUUGAUAAAGUUACUAGCACAUCAUCAUUAGAUCAAACAACACCUGAUUCGCCACCACUUGAGGCAUUGAAUUCAAUUGAUAUAAUUAGAGUUUCAAAAUUUAUAAAAGAAUCUUUAAAUUUAAAUAAAUUGGAAAAAAAUAUUGACUUGUGGAAAUUUAUUGAUGAUUUGUUAAAUUUUUGUGAUGAAUUUUCCACCUCAACUGCUCAAAACGUCACUUCUUAUGAUGAUGAUGAUGAUGAUGAAAUGGUUGAUGAUAAUGAUGACAAUGAAAAGUUAUCAUCAAUUAUAAGUAAAAAUAGUAAUAAUAAACAAGUAAAAGAUAAUGAUACUGAUGAGGAAAAAGAUGAAGAUGAUUAUUACAAGGAAAUUGAAAAACAAAAAUUUCUUAUAGAUUCAAUAAUUUUAAAACAAGAGAAUUCAAUAUAUUUUCAAUAUAUAAUAUUUUAUAUUUAUAAUUAUUCAUCAAAAACUAAUAAUAAUGAUGAUGAUGAAUCAAUAAUAAUACCAUCAGUUUUAUGGAUAUUAAGAUUUCCAUUAAAUAACAAUAAUGUAAAAGAGGAGAUGGAAGAAGAAGAAAAUAGCAAUAAUGUUGUUGAGAUAGCAUACAUACAAUUAAAAAAUCAAGAAAUACAAACAGAAAAUAUCAAAAUAGUAGAUUUAAAAAUAUUUAAUGAAGAAAAAUUACAUUUAAUUAUUUCAUCACCUGACAAAAUUUUUGAAAAUUUAAAUAUUAGUAAUGCUCAAGAAGAAAUCAGAGAAUAUCUUAUAGAGAUAAAUUAUGUUAAAGAUAUAAUUAAAGAGGAUGACAUUUGUACUUCCAAGCAAUGCUGUGCAUAUAAUGUUUUAUUGCAAAAUGACGAUGAUACAAAAUUAUGUAAUAAGAAUUCCACUGCUUUUAAUUAA